CAUUGCCAGCAAACUAUCCUUGUCUAACCAGUUUCUCAGAGCAACUGUGGGAGUCAUAGCAGCUUUUCUGUCACCAUGAAGGGGAUUGUCUCAAAUACUAUUGUUGUUCUAGUCAUCUCUAUGUGGACUGCCUUUGAAGUUGACAUUGUCCUUCCUAAGGUUCCUGAGGCAGAGCACCUAAAACUGACAAUGGUUGAGUGCAUCAAGAAUAUAUAUAAGUGUUGGUUUUUCUCCUACCUCAAGCCCACUCAGCCUAUAUGCGGCAGUGAUGACGUUACCUACAAUAGUGACUGCCAUCUCUGCUCCAAGGUUUUAUAUGAAGGACUUAACAUAACCAAAAUACAUGAUGGACCAUGUGAAACGUAUUGAACUUACCAUGAAGAAUUAUAAAACUUCCUGAAUGCCCAGAUGGCCAAGUGAAACACCAUAGUUACCUAUUUGAUUAUAACCCCUUGAGAGGAAAAUUAAUGCUUAAGAUCAAACUCUUUAAUUUCC